AUGAUAAAAGAGUAUAGCUCUCUAUAGCCGACCAUAGUUGUCGUGACAGAAAUUGUCAAGUGUUAAAGUUGACAAGUGACUACUAAGGUCUGUGCUACUGUGUGCUACUAAGUAAUGUCAAUAAUAAGCGGCAAGUGUGCUAUUUUUCCUAAAUAAAUUUCUAUUUACGUUGAUUUUAUCCAAUAAAACAUGGAAGAAAAUAUUAAGCAUUUGAAAGAAAUCAUUUUAGAUGAAAAUAGAAUCGUUACAUAUAUUUCCAUAAGCAAGGAAUUAUGUGUUCACGUCAAUGAGGCGAAACAAUUACUACAAGAUGUUGUUGAAGCUAUUAAGAAAGAGCAACCGGAUGUAAAACUUAAUAUUAAUUACUUGGUAUCAGGAUUAUCGGAUACCAAUAAGGGUCAAGUUAUUAUAUGCCCAGAUAGAGACUUAAAAAAACUCAGAGAGACGUUUAAAUUAAUAUUCUUUUCUCAUAUGUACAGUGUCAAUAAAGGUUGUAAUUUGUUGGAUAAAGUCGCUUAUACAUCAAUAAAUACAUUUGAAGACAUACCUUUAUGCAUAGGCCUAAUAAAAAACGACUAUUGCCUAAAGAGAACAACUGGUGAAAUAAGUAGUUUAAAAACUAAUAGCCAUCCAAUAUGUCAACUACAAAAAAUGUUAAUGGUUCUACACAAGAUACAAAAAGAAAAUAAACUUGAAAUAAAAACAGAGAAAGUUGAGACUGUGAAACUGGAAAAAAUGGAUGUAGAAGAAAGUUCAGUAAAUGAAAAUAAAAAUACAGUUUAUAUAAAAGAAAGUCCAGUAAAUGGAACUAAAAAUAAAAAAGCUGAUGUUAAGAAAAGUCCAGAACAUAGCACUAAAAGUAAAAAAUCAAACAAUCUAAUCAAGCCAAGUACAAAAGUAGAUAAAAGGAGAAAAAGAGUAUUACAUGUUUCAGAUAGUGAAAGUGACCAUGAGGAGAAUGAUCCCUUCACUGAACAAAUGAAUGUUGAUAAUGAAUCAGAUGAUGAAAUACCCCCAACACCAACGGUCAAUACUGUUAAAAUUACUUCAGGUAUUGUUAAUCCUAAGAAAAGACGGAAAAUUGUUGAUAAAACCUAUACAGAUGAAGAUGGCUACAUUUUGACAAAGAAGGAAGAGGUUUAUGUUAGUUGCUCAGAAAACGAGGAAGAAACAGCAAAGAAAGAAAAUGUUGAAAAUAAAACUACAAAUAAAAUUGAAGUGUCACCCAAGGGGAAGCAUACUAAAGCACCCAAGAAAAAGAUUUCACCACCUCAAAAAGGAAAACAAGCCACAAUGACUAAUUUCUUCAAAAAAGUUUAGUAUAACUAGACAUCAUUUAAUGCAAAAUUAUGCUAUUCCUGCUACUAUGCAGCAUUGUUUCAGUUUGCAAAAAAUUAUAGGCAGUUAUUACAAAAUUUUAUAGCUCAUUUAUACCUGUGAAUGAUAAGCUUAAAGCUUUAAGUCUUUCUGUUUUAUAAUAAGAGGGAUCAGAAUGUUGGUAAUGUUUAUGAAUUAUGUGUAGAGAUCAAAUUUGUUUCCAGGUGUGUCAAUGCUCAUCACGUAAUUGAACUGUGCCUCAAUUGAUAGUUAUUUUGAAAAUGUACUGGUUUUACACAGUUCAAUUUAUUUAUUCAUAAUUAUGUUUCAUUAAAUAUAGUUUUAUAAAACUCAGUAAGAUGACAUUUUGCUGGCUCACUAUUACAAGGUCCUAUGUUAAUUUUUAGUAAUAACAAAAUUCAAGAUUGUAAACAUUUUAAUAGACAUUUAUUGAUCCUCCUUUAUUUAUCUUAUGGGAUUAUUGAAAAUAUUCACUAAAAAGACUUGGAUUUGUGUGAUAUACAUAUAUUAUUCAAUUUGCACAUAAAAUAUUACAUAGAACUUUAUAAUAGUGAGCCAGCAAUUUCUUGUCUUAAAGGACUAGAAUUGUGUUUGUGUCUUGAAUUAAGUCAAAAAUUGUCUACUUGAUACAGUUAAAAUAAAAUAAAAUAUUUGUUUAAA